GUAUAGUUUUAAACAAAUGUGAAAUUCGGAAACCGCGGGAUCGAAAGAAGGCGGCUUCAUUUCCUCCAAAAUAAAUCCCUUCUGGCGCGCCCUCUCUUUCAAAAACCCGCGAAUUCUCCCUACUUCUGAAUUUCACAAUUUGGACAAAACCCUAACCCUAGCCCUUCCCAUCUCUUGAACGGUUACUGAACGGUUACUCCGUUACUGCACGUCUCCACUUCUACUGAUCGUGGAAAUACCCGUCGUCUUUAUCGACCAAUCUUAGAUACGCUGGAUUUGCGGAACGGAACCCUAGCUAGCGAUGGAAGCGCCGAUCCUCGCCUUGCCUUGUCCACAGAUCGGGCAGGAAACGGAGAUGUUGGAAAGCACUAAUAUUUCUCCGCCUAAAUCGAGAUUUCAGGCCCAUCUCGUGGGGGCAACGCUUCAUAAUAUGGGGAAUACUUGUUUUAUGAAUGCCGUUCUUCAGUGCAUCACACACACGGUUCCGCUGGUGGAGAAGUUACGUACCGAUAGUCACAGCCCUGCGUGUUCUGGAUUUGCAGAUAAAGAUGGAGAAUUUUGUUCUUUUUGUGCAUUGAGGAACCAUGUUGCUGAAAGCAUAAUGAAGUCAGGAUUUGUUAUCACUCCCAGAAGUUUUGCCUAUAAUUUAAGCAAAAUCUCAUCUUUCUUCCAGCCUGGAGAACAGCAAGAUGCACAAGAGUUUCUCAGUUGCCUUUUGGAUAGUAUUCAUACUAGCUAUCUGAAACCCAUCUACAAAGAUCAUCAGUUCUUGUCAUCUAGAGAAGAAAGUCCUGUUAAUCAAGUAUUUGGAGGUUGUCUCCGAAGUCAGUUGCGGUGCCUUGAAUGUGGUCAUUGUUCAGAUACAUAUGAACCUAUUGUUGAUCUCAGCUUAGAGAUUGAUGAUGUAGAUAAUCUCACCGAGGCUCUGGAGUCUUUCACCAAGACAGAAAUGAUCGAUGAUCCUGAUAUCAAGUUCACCUGUGAAGGUUGCAAGGCUCAAGUUUCCAUGGAGAAACAACUCAAAAUUGAGCAACCUCCAAAUGUCAUCGCACUGCAUCUCAAGAGAUUCACAAAUACUGGUCAUUCUGUUCUCAAGAUCUGCAAAUUUGUGAAAUAUCCGUUGGAGUUGGACUUGAUGCCUUUCCUGAGCUCACCCCGAGAAAAUGAGCAAUUAAUAUAUGAGCUAUAUGGCAUUGUAGUGCAUAGUGGUUCCUGUUAUUUUGGUCAUUACUACUGCAAUAUCCGCACCUCCCCAACUACUUGGUAUCAAAUGAAUGACUCGUUGCUAGAUCCGAUAUCAGAAAGUAAUGUGCUAGAUGAAGAAGCUUAUAUACUCUUCUAUAUGAAGAAGGGUUCAUCUCCCUGGUUUAAAAGCUUAAUGGAGUCUCAGAAGAUUUACCAAUCAAACAUGGAUAGGAAUGGCUCGCCAUCAUCUGUGCUGGAUUGUGAGGAUAACGAUGAAACUUCAUCUUCUGUCAGAGAGCCUAGCAGCAGCAUCUCAGUCGAAGCAGUUAGAGAAAUAUUUGAAAAAGACGAAGUUUCAAGCCCACAUGCUAGUACUUCUGCAGAUUUUCCAAUUGACGAGCUGCAGGGAGAAGAUCCUGUAACUCAACGGUCGCCUGACAACUUGAGCACGAGUGGUGCUUUGGAUUCUCUGCCUAGCUGUUCUGGAACACAAUCUUCCAAAGAACCUGACUCAGAUCAACUUCUCAGUCAUAUUUUCAGCCCAGAGCCCCUGGAAGAAGACAAGGAGAAUCGCCUAGCCUCACAAAACCAAGUGAGUUCAAAAGCCAGCAAUCAAACAGGUCAAUAUAAGCUGAAUAAUGUGAACAAUACAGACAAAUCUCUUUCAAGAAUAAUGAAGUGCAUGCCUAGUUCAAGGAGAUUAGGCUUUUUGGCUUGCCUUCAUAGUUCACCUGAACCUGGAGGAAGCAAGCAGCCCCUCGCCUCAAAGAGUGACCAGCCAUUGAAAAUGAGAAAGAGAACAGGCUCAGAGCUGCAUCUAUUGAUUGGGAAGGACAGCCCUUAUUACAGACCAAACAAGGCGAAAAGUCUCAGCCCUCAGGACAUCAGGGGUUGCUUCAUUGAGGAUGACUCUGACUUGUUAUUUGAAUUUGACUCUGCUGAUAGCUAACUAUAAUUGAGAACCAGUAAAUUGUGAUGUGCUUAUUGUCCUCAGUUCUUUUUUUUUUUCUUUCCUUUAGCUAAUCACCUCUUUGUUGCUGGUGAUAGGAUGUACAUAGGACUCCAAAUUAGGAGUUUAGUUUACUGUUUAGGGUUCAAGCUAGCUUUUUUAUUUUCUUAUUGAGCUCAAUAUGGGCUUGAAUAUGACCUGAGUUUUAGAAAUUUGUUAUUGGCUUUGAGCUUU